UUUGCCCACAUAGGUCCUCUAGUUUAAGAUGUGACACCAGCUUCUGGUGACAUUAAAUGACAAUUUUUGUCUCUGUCCCCCUUCUUUUGCCUCGCUCACCCUCUCUAGAGAGAGGCAACCCAGAUUUUAAAUGAAUCAUUGCCCAUUCCUCUCUAUCUCCCUCCCUCUCUCUCUCUCCCUCCCUCUCUCUCUCUUUAUCUGUUCCUGUCUUCUCUUGGUAAAAACUGAAUCAAUCUUGGAAAGAGAAUAUCACUUUUUCUCUCUCUCCUCCGAUCAUUUGUUGUCGGUAACGGGAAAUAACGCUGAACUACUUUGAAUCGUCGUUCACUCUUGGAAAGCUACGGUCUGAUACUUUUCCUUCUUCUACUUGUUGGCAAGUUUUUCCUUUUUUCUUUUCAUCUGUCUUUAUAAAUUAGCGACAGCGAUAGGAAGCAAGCUGACAUUUAAAGGGAGAAAGAUAUAGAGAGAGAGGAUUACAGGACGAGGAUCACUUUGGUCUUUGAUCAAGUUGUCAGCACACAACUGUACAUCCAGCCGACAUGUCCACCCCCGUCUCCCCAUCCCCCUCCCUGUCCCCCCUGGCUCUGGCAUCCCCCUCGCCCUCGCCCUCGGCGUCCCCCCUCCCAUCUCCACUCUCCCCGCCACCCCGGGUGCCUGUGUUCCAGAGGAAGGGCGCCCUGAAGCACAAACGGAUUGUGGAGGUGAAGGACCACCAGUUCACGGCCCGCUUCUUCAAACAGCCCACCUUCUGCAGCCACUGUACCGACUUCAUAUGGGGCAUUGGAAAGCAGGGCUUUCAAUGUCAAGUGUGUGGUUUUGUGGUUCACAAGCGAUGUCACGAGUUCGUGACCUUCACCUGCCCCGGAUCCAUGACGGGCCCCAAAGCCGAGGACCUGAAGAGCAAACACAAGUUCAAAAUACACACAUACGCCAGCCCCACGUUCUGCGACCACUGCGGCUCGCUGCUCUACGGCCUCAUACACCAGGGCAUGAAAUGCAUCAGCUGUGACAUGAACGUACACAAACGCUGUGAGAACAGUGUACCCAGCCUUUGUGGCCAGGACCACACGGAGAAGAGAGGCAGAAUCCAUCUCAGUAUCCGUGGCGAGAGGGAGGAGAUUCAUGUUACUGUCCGGGAGGCUCGCAACCUGAUCCCCAUGGACCCCAAUGGGCUGUCGGAUCCCUACGUCAAGCUGAAGUUGAUUCCUGACCCCAAGAGCCAGAGCAAGCAGAAGACCCGCACCAUCCGGUCCACCCUCAACCCCGUGUGGAAUGAGAGCUUCGUCUUCUCGGUGCGGGGGCGGCAGUGGGACCGACGCCUGUCCGUGGAAGUGUGGGACUGGGACCGCACUUCCCGGAACGACUUCAUGGGGGCGCUGUCCUUUGGGGUCAGUGAGAUCUUCCGUCGUGCAGUCAGUGGCUGGUACAAGCUGCUCAACCAGGAGGAGGGAGAAUAUUACAACAUCCCCGUCCCUGACCCUGACCUGCAGGAACCUGCUCCUGCACCACCUCCCCCACUGCCCCCGCCCCCAGUGCUCCUGCCGACCCCACUUACCCCUCCCACCCCUUCCUGUCCACCCAUCCACUCUCUGGUGAAGGGCCGCAUCAGUCUCCAAGACUUCAGCUUCCUGAUGGUGCUUGGCAAAGGCAGUUUUGGGAAGGUGCUGCUAGCCGAAGAGAGGGGCAGUGACAGGCUGUUUGCGGUGAAGGUUCUGAAAAAGGACGUGCUCUUCCAGGAUGAGGACACAGAGAGUGCCAUGGUGGAACGGCGCGUGCUGGGGCUCACUGGGAGACCUCACUUCCUCACGUGUCUGUACUGUGCCUUCCAGACUGAGGACCGCCUGUACUAUGUGAUGGAGUAUGUCAACGGGGGUGACCUGAUGUUCCACAUCCAGAUCGUGGGCAAGUUCAAAGAGCCACACGCUGCGUUUUAUGCUGCAGAGAUUGCUGUCGGUCUCUUCUUUCUUCAUCAUAAAGGGAUCAUAUACAGAGAUCUGAAGCUCGACAACGUGCUACUGGACAGUGAAGGUCACAUCAAGAUUGCAGAUUUCGGCAUGUGCAGAGAGGGGAUGUUGGAAGGAGACACCACGCGGACGUUUUGUGGCACCCCCGACUAUAUCGCCCCUGAGGUCCCACCUCUGCAUGUGUCUUACUGGUCACCGUGGUGUUGCUGGAGUCUAUCCCACGCAGUAUUGAACAGUCUGUUGGAUUCAGGUCAUAUAUAUGUGUAUAAAGACAUGAUUGUGGCUUACCAGCCUUAUGGGAAAGCUGUAGACUGGUGGUCUUAUGGGGUGCUGCUCUACGAAAUGUUAGCUGGACAGCCCCCCUUUGAUGGAUUGGACGAGGAGGAGCUGUUCCAGUCCAUCCUGGAGCAGAAUGUGUCAUAUCCCAAGAAUCUCUCUCGUGAAGCUGUGUCCAUCUGCAGGGGGCUCAUGAUCAAAAACCCAAGCAAACGUUUGGGUGCAGGAGAGGAGUCAGAGCGGGAAAUUCGAGAGCAUCCCUUCUUCCGCUGGAUUGACUGGGAUAGACUUGAGAGACUGGAGGUUCAGCCCCCCUUUAAGCCUCACACUGGUGGUCGGAAAGGGGAGAACUUUGAUAAGUUUUUCACUGCCGCCCCUUCGGCCCUCACGCCCUCUGACCCUGAUGUGUUGGCCGCGAUCGAUCAAGAGGACUUCCGGGGCUUCUCCUUCAUCAACACAAACUUCCCCACGUCUCCUCUCACCGCCGUCUGAGCUUUGGAGGGUGUUCCAGGAGUGCAGGCUGGCGGCCACUGAGAACACUCUUGCAGGGCAAUGACUCAAACUUACAGCUUACAUAGGUUAUACACAGUCAUAAGUCAAAAUACCUGGACAUAAGGCCUCACCUACACAGACCAUGUGGAAACAGCUAUAUCAGAUAAUAAUAUGUAGAAAGCAUGCAUUUUAUAUUUCAUUUAGCAGGUAGAUAUUGUUCACAUUUUUCAGUUUCAAUAGCUGGGGGUGUAUUUACAUUUACGACAGAAUUAAUCUGGAUUUUCAAUUGUGCUUUCCCAUCUCUUAUGUAGAGUCAAGCUCCAACCGUGCUGUUAUUACCUACAAUUCCCAUGGUUUACCUAAACGACAGCCUUCAUGCCUUUCAACUGCAUGCUUUCUUAACUAUCCUGAUGGCAAACCGUAACCGCUGUGAGAAAAAGGCUGUGAGUGAUACGGCACCAUUGUCUGAGUCUGCAAAUGCAGGAAAACAAACUGCAUGUUAAAAAGCCAAUCAAACUUAUCAUCACAACGGGAGCGUGUGAGUUUGCAGUAAAGGUGCAGUUUUGGGGAGAAGUCAACCACAAGUGGUAGAUAUUAGCCUCGCACACAUGCCCCACAGGGAUCGUAAAUAUCAGAACGAGACUUUUGGCAAAGCCUGUCAUUUAAAAGAGAUUUUCACUAAACAAAUCGUAACAAUACUGAUGGCGGCACCCAGCAUAUCAUUUAAAACUUAGCUAAUCAAGCUAAUAGGGUUGUAGAGAAUUAAAAUACUCUCAUCAGCAGAUCUCUGAUGAAGACUUUUGUCUAUUUGUCCUUCACAUUUGUAAAUCAUUACACUGAUUAUGAUACUAUAAUAAACAUAAGUAAUUUCAUCUUAUUACUGUGGUUAGAUCUGGGGGAAAUGAUUGUAAAAAUCAGUUUACUAGAGGCUGUGUUAGACUGGUAGAAUUUGAUGGUUCCUUCGUAUGUAAUAUUUCCAACUUAUGCUGAAGGUGCAUUCAAAAGUCGUACAAUGUGCUGUAUUUAUAGACUCCUGAGCUCCUCAGGCACUCUUUGCUUUUUCUUGUACCUGACUAGCAUAGCAAGCAAUCAUUCCCCACCUCAAAAACAGCAAUGACAUUUAACGUCCUGCGGUUUCAGUCCAUGACGAAGCUGCGCAUGGUUCUCUUCGCUCUCCAUAGUAUUUCUGCGAUGUGGCCUCGGCUACUUUUUAAAGCAUCUUGUCAUUCCUGUGUGUGUCAGAACUGUGCUAAACUGGCACGCUCCAUCAAGCCAUCACACUGGUCUUUGCUGGUCUUCACAGCUUGACUCAAGUCACUGUAGCUUCUUUGCAGUGGCCAUCCACAAAAUUUGCUCAGUGCAGAACCAGGGCACAUGCCCAGACGAGAUGCGCUGACCUGUUUCCCUUCCUCUGCAUAGCCUUAACCCUGACCUUUGACCCCGAAUUUUGAGCAUGAGGGAAAAUGUGCUUCGGAGACACGUGACAGGGGAUGAAUGUACAAGGAAGUGCAACACAUUGGCAUUUAAUGCUUGAGUGUGCUGCUGGUGAUGAAUUGUGACAUGACCCCCCUUAAUAGAACCUUUGCUGAGGCAGUUGUUAAUUCAUAAGAAAAAUUAAAUUAUAGGCUUAUAUAUAAAGUAUCAUGGUAUAUGCAGUUUAUUCAAUACAAGAUUAGAUAGACUGAUGCUUUUGAAGAAGUAGAGGAAUUUGUUGAGUAAUUUGAGAUCUUAUUUUAUGUCUUUGCAGUUAAAAUCCUAAUAAACCUUAUUGAAAACA